GCAACGACGUCGAUCUGUCAGUCGAACAGGUGCGAGAGCCGCGACGAAGCGAAAACAGCCGGAGGGACGAGGAGAGGGGACACGACCUGUGCGGAGUGCGAGUGAGCGGUUUUGUUGUUCCGUGUCGAAUGUUGAUUCUGGAUGAAGCGGGGCGAACGAGAUAGAUACACGUUGUACAUAUAUAAAUACGUUGAAAUGUAAACGGAAAUCGAGCGAGUCGAGAAUGGACGUGCAAUUGAGGCAGAAGUAAUCGGGAGCGCACGCGAACGGAUCGUUUGACAGGCCGGAGAGAGAGAGAGAGAGAGAUAGAGAAAGUGACAUUUACUCAAUGAUCCGAGUGAGACGGACGUGAAGAUAAGAGAAAGAGACGGGUGGCCCGAAACAGGUCCCGGCGACACGUGACACUGACCAAAGCCUGUGCAAUCGUGAAGGAAGACUCAGUGCGCGAGUGUGACACAUUCGAGCGCUUCCUCGCUGUGCCUCGCUCUUCUCCGGUUAUUCCGUGAGAAAGUGCGGGACCGGCAGGAGCCGCAGGAGCAGGAACACACGCGGUGCGUGAUUAUCCAUUGACGAGACCAGAGGGAGGAGAGAAAUUUCGCAACGUGACGAGAGGCAGGAGGGGAGGACAGCGUAAACACGCGCACGCGGGAAGAGGCGCGAUAAAUUGAUACUGUUUUAUCGGAUAUCAGCGAGAGUACGGGACGGAGCGAGAAAGAGAGACGGAGAGGGAGCAACGGGCCUUGCUUCCCGGGCGACCCGAACGUGACUGAACCGAUGCAUCGAAGGGGCAGGUGACGAGCGGAACCCAGACGAGCGUCCCUGCGAUACUCCGUGAAGAAGCCUCAUCGCGGCAACACGAGAAAGAUGCUGAGCCAACGACGAAGGCAUUCUCGUUGGAGAAUGUUCCUCGUUCUGCUGGUGUUCGUCGGACUGAUCCGUCACAGCGAGCUCACGUCCGCCGGUAUACCCGAGUCGUCGUCGUUGAGCUCAGGUCCUGUCGCCAGAAAGAAAUCCCAGGACAUCGGCUCCCUGAACGACUUCUCCUGGCAAGCGUGGUUCAUGGUGGACACGCAGGCCGGCGCCCAGCCCGGCGUGGAUUCCGCGACCCUCAUGCGGAGGAUCACGCCGAAAAGUGUCUUCAUCGCACCCGCCCUGCCUGCCUGUCCCGACGGGUACGUCGAAGACAACAUGGACAGGUGCGUGAAGGACGUCAACAUAGAUGAAAGUGCGCAUUUCAACUUCCUCCUGCAGCGCCUGAAUGCUCUGUACGCCAAUCAGAAGAGCAGCCCUCAGGAGCAGAGUCAGAAGCAGUUGAACAACGGUCCUCUGCAGCUGAACAUCCCGCUGAUGCCCAGCACCGAUGACGACUCCGAGAAGGUCGAAACGAUCGAUACCCUGUUGGCGAACGACCCUUUCGCAGCGGUGGUGGGCGAGAUAGGCCUGGAGAACGACAAGAAGACGAAGCACGAGGCGGUGGCCACCGUGUACGAGGUGAAGAACGACACCACGUCGGACGACGAGCGGCAGGCGGAGCAGCAGGAAGAGAGUGCGAUGUUUUUUCAGGAGAGUCCCAGGAUCGAAGGGGGUGAUAAGACCGACGAAAAGCCCGACGCCCCGGUGCCGGUGGCGGAAUUCGUCGAGGAGAGCAACGACACCAGCUUCUCGGGGGUGGUGGACUACAAGAUCCCGGCAGAUUCGAAGACCUUGCUGAACGACACUACCGGCUCCAAAGACGCUACGACCGCGGGCAAGCGAGUCAGCUCCACCGAAAUGUCGCCCUUGAUGCAACUAUUGUUGUCCACGAUAGUACCGAGCACGAUUUCCAAGCCCGAGACGGACGACCUGCGAACGACGGAGAACGGUACCGUCGAUCACACCUCACACAACCCCGCUAAGGAGCUGGCCAAUGACAACGCGCCGGACUUCUACGAGCUUCCACCCGCGUGGAAGCCGUCGGAAACGAACAAGCGUCGGGACAACGAGACGCGCGCGAAUGAACAGCCGAAGGGACCGGAGAGCCCCAAGUCGCACGAAUCGCACGAGACCGACUUCAUCUACGACGAGGAGCCGGAAGACGAUGAAUACACCUACAGCACGGACAUGCCGGACGAGAAGUCGACGGAGGCGGAAGAGAUCCUGAAGCACGGAGAGGCCGGCAUGACGAUUCCCACGCGGAGCCCCAUUCGACUGCAUCGCAAGCGACCGCAACAACAACAGCAGCUAAAUCAGACCACAGACCGGAAGAAAGCAGCUGCCGGAUUCCAUGAGCAGCUCGUGAUCCGCUUUAACGACUCCACGCCCGCCGACAAGGACGAGGCGGGCAGUAACGUCUCCAGCGAAGUCAGCAUUGACGGCGACCUCAUUCUGGAGACGACUUUAUUGGACCUGAACACCGAGAGGCUGCAGGUCACCAGCACCCAACCGCCGGACGUGAGCGGCGAAGUCGCGACGAAGAGCGACGACGACGACGACUACUCCAGAGAAUCGUACGAGCAAGUACGUCGACGGACUCCCGCGCCGGAGGUCGUGUUCGGGGACUCCUACGACACCGCGUCCACCGGUGCGCACGAUCGCAACCGAGCCGAGCACUCGGCGAGGGUCGGCAGCCACGUGGAGGACGAGAGACACGACGAAACGUUGCUGACCUCGUCUUCCUUGCUGUACGACCCUCCCGAGGAAGAGCCGGCAGCCGGAACCCACGCGAUCGACGAGGAACGGUUCGACGUACCUGGAGAGAGCGCACUGGAAGACGACGAUGCGAGGAGCACUACCCCACGGAACACUCAGCCCCGGCCGGGCGGCUUCGUGCGUUUCGACAACUCCGCGAGAGACUCGGCGAACCACGAGCCGCUCGAGGAUUACGUUAGAUUCCCCGCGAGACAGUCGCAGACUUACGUGAGGUUCCCCUCCAACGAGGCCAACAGCAUACACAGUCAGCUCAACUACAAACAUCGCUCGCAUCAAACGACGAGCGACGGUGCCUACGGCAGCACCAGCACCAAGAGCAGCGUGCCUACACGGCAGAAACCAGUUUACCACCUUUUGGCGCCGAGCUGGAAGCAGCCGGAUCGACAGCAGGAGGAGCGCGUGGCGAGCGUGCAGAGGCAGAAGCAGGCGUCAUAUUAUCAAACUAUAAAUCGGUUUUACGCUAUCACGUAAAUAAAAGAAAAACGGCAUCGAACGCGCCGAGUUCUCUCAUUAGGCCAUCGGCCGCGCUCCGAAGCGCAUCGGGCUGAAAAAACGUUCGGGAAAAUGUCCAGGUUCCAUUGAAAUCGAGCGUACAGUCAAUUAUAGAUCGAGAACUCACG